AUGGCGGACGACGCCGGCGACGAAGGUGCGCAGCAUCCCCUGGAGCGGGCCUACUGCUGGUCCGUGGCCAGCAUCAGUUGGCUCACUCCCUUGGCCAGGAAAGCCGUGUCGGGCACUCUGCAGGCUGACGAUGUCUGGAAGGCGCCUGCAGGGGAGUCAGUGGAUGAUGCGAUGCAGCUUUUCAACAUGGCAUGGGCAGCCGAGAAGCAGCGAAAGACACCCUCCGUGGCGAGGGCGAUGCUGCGCGCAAAUGCGCGUCGAGUGGUUUGGUCCUCCUGCCUCCUGUUGAUCUUCAUGUGUGCCCAGCUGGUGCAGCCUCUCCUCAUCCAGAGCUUGAUUGACGUGCUCAAUGGCAGAUCGGCAGGCGCAUCGGGAUGGGUGCUGGCAUCCUCGCUCCUGGUGUCCUCAUUAGCGUCCUCGAUGCUGAUCUCCGAGUUCUUUCGACAUUCUUUCAUCCUGGGAAUCUUGGGCAGGACAGCUGCCACGGGUGCUAUCUACGAGAAAGCCAUCAACAUGUCUGCACGGGCACAGUCUCAGGGGUCCACAGGCCAGACCACAAAUCUCAUGUCGGUCGACGCAGAGAAAUUCGUGCUCGCCGCGCAGUGUUUCCAAUUCCUGUGGAUGAGUCCGCUGAUGAUGCUUUUGUGUGGCAUCGUCAUGGCCUACCGCAUUGGUUACGUUGGAUUUCUGGGCUUGGCAUUCCUGUUUAUGACAGUUCCGGUGCAGCAUCUCAUAGCAAAGCGUGGGGCGCAAGUACGAGUCAGUGCUUUGGCAUUUACAGAUCAGCGGAUGAAGUUUGUCACGGAGGCAGUGCAGGGAAUCCGUGUGGCCAAGCUCUAUGCCUGGGAGAAGAUCAUCUUUAAACACGUGGCUUCGGUGAGGCUACGAGAGUGCGCGAAGCUUUGCAGCUGCCUUUUCUUCAAGAUCGUUGUGCGCGAGGGCUUGCUCUUAAUUGCUCCUGCCCUGGCGCUGAUGAUGAUUCUGGCGGCCAAAACUUGGCAAGACGGGGAAGUGGAGCUGUCGCUGGCAGUGAUGGCUUUAGGGCUUAUAAACACCCUUCGAUUUCCACUGACCUUGCUCACCCUCGCAUUCUCCUCGACGCAAGAUGGCUUCGUGGCCGCGACGCGAAUCAGCAAGUUCCUGUUGCGAGAAGACGGUCACCGGCGUAUAGAAUCCAAUGAGAAAGGUGCUGCACAUGCUGUGGCUGUCACGGAAGCCGUGUGCUGCUGGGAUCCGGUUCAGUCCUUUCGAUUGCGGGUUCCUUAUUGUCAGCUGCCGUGGGGAAGCAAAGUGGCCGUCCUUGGCCCUGUCGGCUCUGGCAAGACCUCAUUUCUGUCGAUGCUACUUGGGGAGAUGCAGUCUUUGGAAGGCAGCUUCAGUCUGAAAGGCCGGGUUGCAUACAUGGCACAGUCGCCUUGGAUCCAGAACACGACCCUACGCAUGAACAUCUUGUUCGGCCUGCCUAUGGACGAGGCCGUCUAUGAUCAAGUCCUUGAAGCCGUGGCGCUGCAACCUGAUCUGGAGGCUUUGCUCGAUGGUGACUUAACAGACAUCGGAGAGCGGGGGAUCAACCUCUCUGGUGGCCAAAAGGCCCGAGUUGGGCUGGCCCGCUGCCUAUACGCAGCUUCAGCAGGAAGUGCGGAUGUGGUGAUUUUGGAUUCGCCCUUUGCGGCUUUAGACAUGCUCACUGCUGAAACGGUGAUGGAGGGCCUGAUGCGGAUGACUACUGGUUGCACAGUAGUGUGCGCGAUGUCCUCUCACACUCAUCUACUGCCAAACUUCGAGAAGUGUCUGGUCCUGAACGAUGGAACGCUGGCGGGAUCCGAAGAUCUGCCCCCAGAGCUCAGUAACAUCCAGAGCCUGCGGAUUUCGCCCAAGCCCAGUGAAGGCAAGCCGGCCACGAAAUCAAGUGAAGGGAUGUCGAGCCGGGCCCCAACAACAGCAACCCGGCGUUUGAUGCAAGCAGACGUGGGUACCAAGGCUUUUCCUAUCACUGCCCUUGCGAAGUGGCUGGGCGGAUCUCGUGAACUGCACGGCUUUCUCAUUGGAUUUCCCAUUUCUAUGAUUUUCCUCCUGGGGCAAGGUUGCAGGGUCCUUGCUGAUGUAAGCGUGACACAUUGGGCUGCUGGCGAGACAGAUUUCUCAACUCCGGCCCUCUUCCUCUGCUUCCUGGCGCUGCUUCUGGGAUUGCGUAUUGCCCUCUCAGCGCUGGCGAGCUUCCGUGCUGCCCGCCUCCUGCACAACGCUAUGUUUUGGCGUCUCUUGCGGGCCCCAGUGACAACAUAUUUCGACGUGGUGACCAGCGGAGAGAUCUGCAACAAGUUCUCCAAGGACCUGGAGAUUGCGGACGUCCAGCUGCCAGAUUUCUUAAUUGCGCUGCUAUCCCACUUGGCGCAGUUGGUGCUUAUUCUGGGCUUGACCAUCUUUGCCUUGCCCGGCUUCGCGGUCGUGCUUUGUCUGCUUUUCGCGGUGUUUGCGAUGAUCGGAGUUCGGUCCGGAUGUCUCUUGCGCGCCCUGCAGAGCUGGGAAAGCUCGUCGAGGUCUCCCAUCUACAGCUCCUUCUCUGAGACCCUCUCGGGCUUACAGACCAUACGUGCGUGGGGACUCCAGGAUCGCUUCUGUGAGCUUCAGACGCAGAUCCUGCGGCGAAACAUGCGCUUCUUCCAUGCAGCCAGCAUGACGGACUUGUGGCUGAUGUACAGAGUGGAGCUCUUAUCUGCUGCGAUCAUCGGCAGCUUUAGCUUUCUGGCCGUGCUCUUGCGACAUUCUGUGGAUGGGAACACGGUGGGCGUGGCACUUGUCUACGCUGUACAACUGACCUCGAUGUUCCAAAGAACCACGAAGCUUGCGAUCACGGUUGGGCAGAUGCUGACUGCCUGUGAGAGGGUCCUGUCCUUCGAGAAGAUUCCACAAGAGCCAGAACUUCUGAGCUCGAGGAGCCUUCCGAGUGGCUGGCCCAGCAAAGGGGCCAUUCGCUUUGAGAACGUCUCCGUGCGGUACCGAGAUGGCGAACUCGUCCUCAAGAGUGUGGAUUUCAGCGUCGAUGCAGGAGCGAGGGUCGGGGUGUGUGGGCGCAGCGGCGCUGGCAAAUCCAGCCUCAUCAUGGCCCUGUUUCGCGUCAUUGAUCCCGUAGCUGGCAGCAUAACGAUUGAUGGCAUGAACAUUGCAGAGAUCGGCCUGCAGACGCUGCGGCAAAACCUGGUGAUCAUCCCACAGGAGCCCACCGUUUUCAGCGGCUCCUUGCGCUUCAACUUGGAUCCCGGUGGGGGUAUUGCAGACUCUGUCCUGGUGGGCGCAUUGCAUCAGGUUGGCUUGGACGGUCUUGUUGCAGACGCUGGUCUGGAGAUGACCGUCGCUGAGCACGGCGGGAACCUUUCCCAGGGUCAGCGGCAGCUGCUCUGCAUCGCAAGAGCAUUCGUGAGGGAAGCUCGCAUCAUGAUUCUUGAUGAAGCCACAUCGUCUAUAGACGAACAGACAGACAGUCUCAUCAAGACGACGCUCCAAGAGCACUGGUCCAAAGGCCACCACAACUGCACCGUUCUUACAGUUGCUCACCGUCUUAGCACCAUCUUGGAUUACGACAGGAUCCUUGUGCUGAGCCGUGGCGAAGUCGUGGAGUUCGGUACGCCAGAGGAGCUACUCUCAAAGCCGGAGGGUCACUUCGCGCAGAUGGCGAAAGAUGUCACACCUGCGCCGACAAAAGCUUCUUUGUAG